GAUUAUGGCAAAUAAUAAUGCCAAUAACGAUGCAGCAAAUGCAAAUUCCACGGAAAAUAAGCCAGCAUUUCCGCGUUUAUAUAAUAAAAUCGUUUUGACAUUGGAGAACAGUCUAAUACCGGAGGCAAAACUUGAUGAGACACCAUCACAUUUGGAUGGCUUGGAUGCCGAAACUGAAAAGGAUUUGCGCAUCUUGGGAUGUGAGCUAAUACAAACGGCGGGAAUUUUAUUGAAAUUGCCACAGGUGGCUAUGGCCACGGGCCAGGUAAUAUUUCAGAGAUUUUUCUAUUCGAAAAGUUUUGUGCGACACAAUAUGGAAACGGUGGCCAUGAGUUGUGUCUGCUUGGCGUCGAAAAUCGAGGAAGCACCAAGGCGAAUACGAGAUGUAAUCAAUGUUUUCCAUCACAUCAAGCAAGUGAGGGCACAAAAAGAAAUCAUUCCCAUGAUUUUGGAUCAAUAUUACACCAAUUUGAAAACUCAAGUCAUUAAGGCGGAACGCCGUGUUCUCAAAGAGUUGGGUUUCUGUGUCCAUGUAAAACAUCCCCACAAAUUGAUUGUCAUGUAUCUGCAAGUUUUGAAAUAUGAAAAACACCAACAACUAAUGCAAAUGUCUUGGAAUUUUAUGAAUGACUCGUUACGCACUGAUGUUUUUAUGCGUUACAAUCCUGAGACGAUUGCAUGUGCCUGCAUUUACUUAAGCGCCCGAAAGUUAAAUAUUGCCUUGCCAACACAUCCCAAUCCCUGGUAUGGUAUUUUCCAAGUCAAUGAAGAUGAUAUUAUAGACAUUUGUUACCGUGUAAUGGAGUUGUAUACUCGUGGCAAACCGAAUGUAGAGAAACUUGAAGCAGCCGUGGAGGAAUUGAAGAAACGCUAUAUCGAAUCACGCAACAAAAGUAAAGAAACCCACACCCCACCAGCCGUUAUAACAGUGGAUCGUAAUAAUGGUUCCCACAAUGCCUGGGGUGGUUUUAUACAGCGUGCCGUACCGCUACCACUGCCCAAUGAAAAGUCACCUAGCAAAGAAUCCCGUUCAGCAUCCAGAUCACGAUCUAGAGAUUCCAGACGUACAGCUAGAUCGCGUUCUAGAUCACGCUCUCGAUCCCGAACAAGAUCACGAUCCCGGUCGACAUCGGCAAGCCGUUACAAAAAAUCUCGACGUGAUCGUGGUAGGGAUCGUGAACGUGAAAGAGAACGGGAGCGGGAACGUGAUCGUUCACCGCCAUCAUCGAAGAAUAAGAAAAAGUCUCGUAACUAUUCUAGAUCGCCAUCAAGUUCGCCACAUUCCAAACAUCGCAGCAAAAGGUUCCGAUUUAAUUAA